UCAGAAAAUAUUUUCGGACAUAACACAUUUCACCUAUUAAACAAAUUCUGGGGUAAGGGGAAACAGAGAGAGACAAUAAGGACAUUCCACGUCGAAAAGGAUCUCAGCGUUCUCAGUUUAGGGAAUUUGGCCUUGCUGGCUGUGUGGUAGAAAAGCUGAUGAUGGGUGAGGAUUUUGGAGGGUGGGAAUGGAGGCAGUUUUGUCAUCCCCACAUCCGGUUUGUGACUGGACACCAUGCGGGCUGAGAUCAAGUUCAGAGGCAGUCAGCUGGAAUCCCUUAGCUCUGUUUGCCCUUUUUUGUUUUGUUAUUUUGUUGUUGUUAUUAUUGGAAAAGAUAAGGGCAGAGCUAUCUGAAUGCUUCCUUGAAUGCUGACAACGAACUCCAUGAUUUUUAUAAACCCCAUGUGAAAAACGUGCUAAGAAUCUCUUUUCUUCUUAGCAUGUUUUUAAAGCUUAGAGUUUAUAAAAAUAUGGUUUGAAGAAAGUUUGAAAAGAUCAGUGGAAAAAAAUUCAGCACCAAAUUUUCUCUGAAAAUCAACUUGUCAAAAAAGACAUGACUAACAUCCAUCCUGUAACCAGCGCAUGAAUGAUCUUCCCUCCUUACGAAUGUACUUCAGCAAAACUUUAAUCUUGACCCCCCACUUUCCACUUUUAAUAGUGGAUGGAUGAAAAGGCAAGAAGAAAAACAAAGCCAAAACACACCCAGAUGUACACUUCCGCCAGCAUGGCCCCCGAGGCAUUUUGAAUUCAGCCACUUAUGAUCUGUGGAUUAUUAACUCUACCUCAUUUACUUCAUCAGCGUAAACAAUAGUAAACUGACUGUAGCGAAAUACAGAACCAUGGAAACAUGAUUCUAUUUUAAUACAGGCCCAUCAGUUAACCCACAGGCUAUGCUACAUAUGAAUAAGAGAAAAUGUUUCUUCUUAACUAUGUAAUGUAAUUCCAGUGGAAUUCGGUAGGUGGCAUAGAAGAGCUUUUUUGUUUUGCUUUGUCUUCAACACUAAAUGUGGUUAACAGUGAAAUAAAUCUCCAAGGAAGUGCUUGAGUCUCUCACAGACUGCCAAACGGAACAGACAAGCAGGUUGUCUUGACAAGCAUUCCUAGAGGAAGGUCACAUGCCAGUUAAAGGCCGCCAUUUUGCCUCUUAGUAUGCAUGCUCGAGCCUGCUUGCCCAACUCCUGAGAGUUUAUCAGGAGGCUGCUAACCACCAUCUUUAGGGUCUUCAUGAACACUAGUAGAGUGCCAGGCCUUCUUCCAUGUUGGAAGAAAUCAGGAUAACAAAGGCAUAUCGGGCUCCUCUGCAAAAGAAAUCAGGAUAAUAAAGGCAUAUCGGGCACCUCUACAAAACAGUAAAAACCUCCGUGGGAAUUUGGACUUUAUCUUGUUCAUUGGUCUGUCUCCAGUUCCUAAAACAUGGCCAGGAGAAUCUGUAUCUCUAUCAAGAUGCUCUGAAGAACAGCUUCUACCUUUAGGAAUGCCUAGUGUUACAAAAUGACUAGCAUCUUCCAUUUUGCCAUUAUCUUCAUGUUAAUACUUCAGAUCAGAACACAAUUAUCCGAAGAAAGUGAAUUUUUAGUUGAUAGGUCAAAUAACGGUCUCAUUCACAUUCCUAAAGACUUAUCCCAGAAAACAACAGUCUUAAAUAUAUCGCAAAAUUAUAUAUCUGAGCUUCGGACUUCUGACAUCUUAUCACUGUCGAAGCUGAGGAUUUUGAUAAUUUCUCAUAAUAGAAUCCAGUAUCUUGAUAUCAGUGUUUUCAAAUUCAACCAGGAAUUGGAAUACUUGGAUUUGUCCCACAACAAGUUGGUUGAGAUUUCUUGCCACCCUACUGUGAACCUCAAGCACCUGGACCUGUCAUUUAAUGCAUUUGAUGCCCUGCCUAUAUGCAAAGAGUUUGGCAGUAUGUCUCGACUAAAAUUUCUGGGGUUGAGUGCUACACAUUUAGAAAAAUCUAGUGUGCUGCCAAUUGCUCAUUUGAAUAUCAAUAAGGUCUUGCUGGUCUUAGGAGAGCCUUAUGGGGAAAAAGAAGACCCCGAGGCCCUUCAAGACUUUAACACUGAGAGCCUGCACAUUGUUUUCCCUGCAAAUAAAGAAUUCCAUUUUAUUUUGGAUGUGUCAGUCAGGACUGUAGCAAAUCUAGAACUAUCUAAUAUCAAGUGUAUGCUGGAAGAUAACGAAUGUUCUUACUUCCUAAAUAUUCUGGCAAAACUUCAAAGCAAUCCAAAGUUAUCAAGUGUUACUUUAAACAACAUUGAAACAACUUGGAAUUCUUUCAUUAGGAUCUUCCAGCUGGUUUGGCAUGCAGCCAUACAGUAUUUCUCAAUUUCAAACGUGAAACUACAGGGUCAGUUGGACUUCAGAGAUUUUAAUUAUUCUGGCACUUCCCUGAAGGCCUUGUCAAUACACCAAGUUGUCACCGAUGUGUUCAGUUUUCCACAAAGUGAUAUCUACAAGAUAUUUGCAAAUAUGAACAUCAAAAAUUUAACAGUGUCUGGUACACACAUGGUCCACAUGCUUUGCCCAUUCAAAAUUAGCCCGUUCCUGUAUUUGGAUUUUUCCAAUAACCUCUUAACAGACACAGUUUUUGAAAAUUGUGGUCACCUUACUGAGUUGGAGACACUUAUUUUACAAAUGAAUCAAUUAAAAGAACUUUCAAAAAUAGCUCAUAUGACUAAACAGAUGAAGUCUCUGCAACAACUGGAUAUCAGCCAGAAUUCUCUAAGCUAUGAUGAAAAUGAAGGAGAUUGCUCUUGGACUAAAAGUUUAUUAAGUUUAAACAUGUCUUCAAAUAUACUUACUGACUCUGUUUUCAGAUGUUUACCUCCCAGGAUCAAGGUACUUGAUCUUCACAGCAAUAAAAUAAAGAGCAUUCCUAAACAAGUUGUAAAACUGGAAGCUUUGCAGGAACUCAAUGUUGCUUUCAAUUCUUUAACCGACCUUCCUGGAUGUGGCAGCUUUAGUAGCCUUUCUGUAUUGAUCAUUGAUCACAAUUCAGUUUCCCACCCAUCAGCUGAUUUCUUCCAGAGCUGCCAGAAGAUGAGGUCAAUAAAUGCAGGGAACAAUCCAUUUCACUGUACCUGUGAUCUAAGAGAAUUUGUCAAAAAUAUAGGCCAAGUAUCAAGUGAAGUGAUAGAAGGCUGGCCUGAUUCUUAUAAGUGUGACUACCCAGAUGGUUAUAGAGGAACCCCACUGGAGGACUUUCACAUGUCUGAAUUAUCUUGCAACAUAACUCUGCUGAUCAUCACCAUUGGGGCCACCAUGCUGGUGUUGGCUGUGACUAUGACCUCCCUCUGCAUCUACUUGGAUCUGCCCUGGUAUCUUAGGAUGGUGUGCCAGUGGACCCAGACCCAACGCAGGGCCAGGAACGUACCCUUAGAAGAACUCCAAAGAAAUCUCCAGUUUCAUGCUUUUAUUUCAUAUAGUGAACACGAUUCUUACUGGGUGAAAAAUGAAUUAGUACCAAACCUAGAGAAAGAAGGUAUGCAGAUUUGCCUUCAUGAGAGAAACUUUGUUCCUGGCAAGAGCAUUGUGGAAAACAUCAUCAACUGCAUUGAGAAGAGUUACAAGUCCAUCUUUGUCUUGUCUCCCAACUUUGUCCAGAGCGAGUGGUGCCAUUAUGAACUCUACUUUGCACACCACAAUCUCUUCCAUGAAGGAUCUAAUAACUUAAUCCUCAUCUUGCUGGAACCCAUUCCGCAGUACUCCAUUCCUGCCAGCUAUCACAAGCUCAAAUCGCUCAUGGCCAGGAGGACUUAUUUGGAAUGGCCCAAGGAAAAGAGCAAACAUGGGCUUUUCUGGGCUAACCUAAGGGCAGCUAUUAAUAUUAAGCUGACAGAGCAAGCAAAAAAAUAGAUUACACAUCAAACGAAAAGUAUUCCUCUUGUCGAUAUUGCUGCUUUUGGAAGUUCCAACAAGGACUUUAUUUUGCAUCAACACAAAUGUAAACACAAUUGUGCAUGUAUGAUGUAGGUAAAAAAACAUACUUUCAGGCCCCAGUUCACCAGUUAUAUGUGGUGUUAAAAAUUAAUAAAAUGAUAUAACUUUGAUUUAAACAGUUAAUUUCUGACACACGAGGGAUACACUUGUUUCUUUGCUAUAACUGGGUUCUGAAUUUAUCAUGAAGUCAAGAGAAGUACCUGUUUCUCCUCACUGGUGUGUGUUUUGGUGUGCCGUGGUCAAUACUGGAAAACUCCAUGACUUUUAUGAGUACAGGUAUUGAUCGACUUACCACCUAUGCAACUUACGACCAUUCGACUUUACGACCACAAUUGCGAGCCACAACUGCUCCGCAUCUGGCAGCACAAACGUUGCCCAGCUGGGCGUACGACAGUGUGGACCAGCUUCCGGCAGCACUACCAUCUCCGCGUGCACCAUUUCAACUGUACAUAUAGUCUACUCAACUUACGACCAAAUUGUGUUACAACCGAUCCGCGGUCCUGACCAUGGUCGUAAGUCAAGCACUAGCUGUAUAGCUGGGAUUAUAUAGCAUAUUUCCACAGCUGCUGAUGCUUUCCUCGUUUCCAUGGUGGAUUCCACUCAACUUAUUGAUGGCUGUUCAUUGAUAAUGCUGGAGACUCUAUGCCUGAAGGGUCUCCCCCAACCCCCUACCAUGAUGCCCACACAAAGGGCAAUUCAGAAAUGCUGGAAGCUGUCCUUGGAAACAGCCUUCAACUAAUGUCAGAAAGAGAGUUGGUGGAUAAAUACCCCAACUUUCUUAUUCAUUUUUUGAGAUAAAUCUGGGGUAUACUUUACAUUCUCCCUGAGUUCCCCAGUAGGAUAAAAUUCUGGUCGUCCACAGUAGAAAUGGCUUGAUAAAGUAUUCUUGAAUGGCUUCCUUCCUAUUUUUUUCUGAUUUACUUAUUCCUCUAUGGGUAUUCCAUGGGAUUACCUCUGUGAUAAACUACUUGUCACUGAAUAUUUGUCUCUGGUUCUGCUUCAGAGGAAGCCCAGACCGAGAGAGUGUUCUACCUCAGUCCAAAUGGAAAAUCUGAGUCGGGUUUCUACGGCUGGAGAUCUUGCUGAGAUUCUGGUUGUAUGAACUAACAUGCACAAGAACCUUUGCUCUCCUGAUUAGAAGGAGUAAUAUAGUUGUUACAUAAUGCUUCUAUAUAUAGCAUCUGUCUCUUUGGGGAACUAUGUAAGUAGAGCAUGAGCAGAUGGGACAGUGUAAGGAAUGGAUAUAUCCGAAGCUUUUUAUACCCAUCAAACAUCCUGUCAGUCGAUCUUUUUACUCUGGCAGUCAGCUCUGAGCAGGUGUAGUCUGACAAGAACUUUGUUAUAACUACACCAUGUAUCUUUCACUUUAUGUCCCGUGACUUCACUGAUACCACUGCAAGAGUUGCUUAUAGAAGCCUGUUCAACCAUUCUAAUACAUGCACAAACCUGAAGUGCCAGGGAUACCUCUAUGGGAUGGGAGGCAUUAUACAAAGCUUCUUUCUUCUAUUCUUGAGUUUUAAAAUGAGAUAGAUAUAAUCUAUACCUUUUCUUAUACAAUCCCCAGUGGCAUUGAGCUUUACUUACCCACAGGGGUAACCAGCUCAGCAACUUGCUUUUGAAUUGACUUUCCCUUCCUUGGUCACUCUUUUCAUUCCCCUCACUCUUGAGCCCUGAGAUCACCCCUCCAAACAAAUAAACUUCCCUUAACUCAAGGAGUCUAGAAAAAAAUAAAAAGCAACAAACAACAAAAAACCUACAAAUGACCCACACAAAGCUUUCAUCUCAGUCUUUACUUUUCUGAGUGGGAAGGAACCCAAAUAACACAUGCAUAUACUAUUAGCUUCUUGCCUUAAAGAACUUACUGUCAAUCAGAGAACACUACAUGCAUCCAAAUAACUAAAAUAAAAGUCAAUGAAACAAAGCUAUAAAAUGGAAGUUCAGAGGCUGCUUAAAUUGAGUGAAAAAAAAUCUUCUUGAAGGUUCUAUCCAAGAUGGCCAUUUGGGAACAGCUAGGAGUUGCAGCUCCCAGUGAAAGCACAGAGGGUGAGUGGACGCUGCAUUUUUAUAGCCCACGGACCAGGAGAUUCCCAGGUGGAGGAGACCCACGGGUCGCCAGUGAGGCUGUUUUGGCCGGCGUGGUUCUUUCAGUCAGCGGGGCUGCUUUGGCCUGCACGGCUGCUUUGUCGGUGGCCUGGCUGGCGGUUCUCCAUACAAAAUACACUGGUCUGGGUGCCCUUUUGGCUGGCGAUUGGAGCCCUGGGAAGCCGCACAUUCAUCUGAUUAAAGAGGGGACUGAACAGGGAGCCAGGCCAGGAGAUUCCUGAGCAAAAAAAGCGCCACGAAUCUCAGCACCGCUGUUUGAGCCGGCGCAGUAGUUCGCUGCAUGGGAAACAGAUCCCAGCGCCCUUUCAAUAGGCGGCUGGAACACCUGGGAUAAAAAAAA